GAGACUUAAAUUAUUUGAUUCAACUUACUGACUCGUAUAUCCUGUUCUCUCUGCAUCGUCCUGUUAGAAUGUCCUCUGAACCUGACAAGGGCUUUCACAGUACCCUCGAUACAUGGAAGGAUCAUGAUCCAUCACAUUCGCACCACCGCCGGCGUUUUACUGCUGUUCCCGACUUACGGUUCGAGCAAAGCUAUUUGAGGAGUGUUAGACCGUACGUUCGCGUCGAAGAGAUUCGAACGGAGGAAAUAUUCAGGGAUGAGAAGGGAAAGGCAGUAGCGAGAGAUGACAAUUUCCCGCCUGAAUCUCCCGAAGGGCGUGUUGUAGUACUUCAUGAGGAGAACAUUCACAUCCAGUGGGGUCCCGUUCUUUGGGCUACCACUAGAGAUCAGGUCAUUAGUCCCCUGCUUCAGGGUGCACUAUGGGGUAUUGCCGGUUAUUUCUUACAACCUGCAUUUGCCGCCUUACGCUCGAAGAUUAGUUCAUGGUGGGCUCGAGGCGAUGUGUUUGGUCGGGGAGGACCAAGAGUGGAAGGACAAGGCAUUGGACAAUUGCGAAGCUGGGUUGGGAAUAUCAAACAGGCAAAACCUGUACCCCUCAUCCGAUGAGUAACCUUCAAUUGUUUCCAUUUCUCGGAAACAAACUACGAGAGAUGUGCAAAAACUUGAAUCCAGGGCCGGAAUUUAUCAGAGGGUGUGUACAUCUAGCUACGCCGCAAGGUCGGCUGCAAAGGUGUCGUUACCAUUUUCUACGGC